AGUGACUUGACGCUGGUGGCAGGAAUGGCGGCUAUGAUCAUUAGAGGAAGGAACCAAGAGACCCUGAAACUUUACUUCUGACGGCCCCGCAGAGGAAUGUGUUUCUAGUGUAAGGCAGAAACACCCUCCCGUAACGGAUUACAGGGAGAAGAAGUGCUGUAACGUGAGAUCACGGCGGUAGAUGUCCGGGUCGAGGAGGUGGACGCACUUUGCUAGUUAGCCUAACGUUAGUGGCACUGACUUUGAUUCAAGGUAGCUGUUAGCCCGCUGCACUACUAGCCAGCUGUUGGCUACUACUUGGCUUGGCUGGCCCAACAAGUUAUUAACUGUGUGAAAGCAGCCUUUAUUUGAAUCUUCGAGUCGGGAUCGCGCUCCUGCUCGGUACACAGUAUUAGGGACGUUUACAGAGAUUGGGAUAAGGCGCGUUGGGAACAUCAUUACAACAGCUAACCUCAACGUUAGCUCGGCUUAGCUAAGUUGGGAACCUGAAGUCUCGCCCAUUUUUUGGAUCCUGCCCCAGCCAUUGGCUAAGGGCUAAUCAACAGCCAACUUGUCUGGUUUUCAGGCUCAAUUGGUACUACGAUGGAAAGUCUAACGCUGAGUGAUGUCGAGCAGAAAUAUUACUCGGAUUUGUUCGUUUACUGCGACACGGACAACACCAAAAAAGUGGCUUCCAACGGGAGAGUUCUUGACCUUUUCCGGGCGGCCCAGCUACCCAGCGAAGUUGUCCUGCAGAUCACAGAGCUAUGCGGAGCCACUCGGCUGGGUCACUUUGGACGGAGCCAGUUCUACAUUGCUCUGAAGCUCAUCGCCAUCGCCCAGUCCGGGCUGCCUCUGAGGGUGGAGAGCCUCAACUCGGUCAAGGAUCUGCCGCUGCCGAGGUUUGUGGUGGGGAAGAAUGAGGCAGAAGCAAGACAUGCUGCACUGUACCAGGAUCCAGACAGCCAGGGAUUGUACCCAGCUUCUGGUACUGCAGUAAUACCCAGGCCACCAGGCAGGGGUCACCAAAACAAGAAAGGACAUCCCUCAUCCACUUCACUUCCUGUCCACGAGGUCAUCCAGCCCCUGGCACCUACCAUAGAAUCACAGCCUGAACCAACGUCCCCGGUGGUCUCCCCUCACCAGUCUCCCCCCACCUCGCCUCACUCCUGGAGGAAACACAAGCGGCAACACAGUGGAGGAAACGCAGAAAGACAACCAGUGGUGGCAGCAAGUGGGGCGGUGUGGACGCAGUUCAGAGAACCACAAACAGGUCCAGUGACCGGUGAUGGCAUGUGGGUGUCCCACUCGCCUCCUCUUCCAGGUCAGGAGAGCUGGGUCAGUUUUACAGCAGACACCCCGCCAUCCAGCACGCUCCCGGCAAUGCACCCCUCGUCAGUCCAGGACAGCACAACGAUAAGAACAGUGGCCUCAGCUGCAACGACCAAUGAGAUCCAGCGACAGUCCAGCACGUACGAUGAUCCGUGGAAGAUCACAGACGAGCAGAGGCAGUAUUACAUUAACCAGUUUAAAACAAUUCAGCCUGACCUCACUGGCUUCAUACCUGGUUCAGCAGCAAAAGAGUUCUUCACCAAAUCAAAGCUACCGAUUUUAGAGUUGUCACAUAUUUGGGAGCUGUCAGACUUUGAUAAAGAUGGAGCGCUGACGCUGGAUGAAUUCUGUGCUGCCUUCCACCUGGUUGUGGCCAGGAAGAAUGGCUACGACCUCCCGGAGAAGCUUCCCGAGAGCCUGAUGCCAAAGCUGAUUGACCUCGAUGACUCAGCAGAAGUCCCAGAGCCGGCUGCUGAUGUUGGAUACUCUGCGUCACCAGUGGAGGUGACCCCCAGCAAGUCUCCCUCUAUGCCUUCACUCAACCAAGCCUGGCCAGAGAUGAACCAGAGCAAUGAGCAGUGGGAGACGUUUAGCGAGCGCUCCUCCAGCUCACAAACUCUGACCCAAUUUGACUCUAACAUUGCACCAGCUGACCCUGACACGGCCAUCGUCCACCCAGUUCCCAUCCGGAUGACGCCUAGUAAGAUUCACAUGCAGGAGAUGGAGCUGAAGAGGACGACCAGCGACCACAACCAUCCCACCAGUCCUCUGCUGGCUAAACCUCCAGAACUGUCUGAAGAAGCCAAAUUGCCUGCCUCCAUGAAGUUUGUAGCCGCCAACACUGUAGGUGAUGGUUACAGCAGUUCAGACUCUUUCACCUCAGACCAGGAGCCAAUCACCAGGCAAAGGUCUCAGUCGGGUACGUCCCCAGAGGCUCUGAAGGUGGUAGCUCCGCCUCCCCCUCCACCCCGCCCCCACGCCUCCCACUCUCGCUCCUCAUCUCUGGACAUGAAUCGCACCUUUGCAGCCACGUCUGCCACAGGACAGGCCCAGCCCUCUACGAUAGCUUACCCUCCUGCUGUGCCUCCUCGACCGCUACCCACACAAACAUCAGUACCACUCACGGGGCAUCGCGUAGAGGCGGAGAGUAUACCAGGAGGCAGUAUACCAGGAGGCGGGGCGGUGCUCACCACAACCUCCCCACAGCAGAUUCCCCAGCAGCCCAACUUUGCAGACUUCAGUCAAUUUCAGGCCUUUGCUGCCUCUGAGCAGCCCUCAAGCUUGCCAGAGGUGGACAAACACAUCGAGGCAGGACCGGGGGACAAGCCUUCAGAGGGUGCCGGCCCUUUAAGAACAGUUAAGAGCGACGGCCAAGCAGAUGAGAGACCCUCAGCUACAGUCAACUCUACCAAAGGCUCCUCCGGGCCCCUGGCUCCUCCCCCCAAACCUGUACGUCGGAGGUUAAAGUCUGAAGACGAGUUGCGGCCGGAGGACGAGCAGCACGGUCCACAGAAAUCAAACGUCAUAGCCGCCGUCCUGGCCACUCAGCCCUCCAUUCCCAGGUCAGUUGGAAAGGACAAAAAGGCGAUUCAGGCUUCAAUUAGAAGAAACAAGGAGACAAACACAGUUUUGGCACGACUUAACAGUGAACUGCAGCAACAGCUGAAGGACCUGCUCGAAGAGAGGAUAUCUCUAGAAGUCCAGCUGGAGCAACUCAGACCUUUUUCCCAUCUUUAACCAACAUAUGAAGAGCAACUCUACUGUAGUUCAUCCGAAUCAAGGCUGUGGCCCUCGAUGUGACUCCCCCGUCCCUCCUCUCCUUUUCCUUCCAUCACCCCGGCUUUUCCUGGAGGCAUCAACCUGCCGCAGGGUGUUCCGUUAAAAAUGUCACGCUCAAUCACACACUGCUCAAUCAUAAACCGGACAGACCUGAGAGCACAGUCUUACCAGUGGGAGGAGGCGACAGGAGGGGAUUUUACAAACUGGCACUUUUCACUUUUUUGCUCGAGAGAGGUGAAGGUGAGGAGGAUGACGGCAAACUGAGAGACGGAGCGCUCCAGCUCCGAGUCCGGUCUGAAGAUAAAACUGCUGGUGUCUUGAUUAAUUCACUCUCUGAAUGACUGAAGAAGAAAUGCAGAGUGUAUUUGUCAUGUAUGUGUGACUGUUUGUGCAUUUGUGUUGCUGGAGGCUAGCACCGGUAUGUGUGACUUGGCUGCACCAAACUCCUGCUGAAAAUCAGGCAAAUUUACAGAAAGUGUGAACCAGUUGGGGAAAAUGUGCUUUUUUUUUUUUUUUUGUGUUGCUUUCUUUGUGAGAGUGGACUGAGAAGAUCCGUAAAGGUAUUAGACCUAAUAUCUUCAGAUAUUAAUAUCAUGAGCUUGACAGGUUGGGUUAAAUCUGUAGGGACACUGAAAAGUACAAAACAGCACUAUGUGCUUAAACUUAUAAGUUUCUGGUUAAAAAAAGUCAAACUGUUCCUCUUAAUGUCUUUUCACUUUAUGAUCCGUGCUACUACUGUAGUGCUCUGAAGGCAUUUCUUCCUUUUCAACCCUCGUAAGUGGUCUGUUCUGCUGAACAUGUGGCGCCUGGAUGUCACUGGCUGUCCACUAUUGUGAAAUAAUCCAAAGAACACAGAUUUUAUGGGCUUGCAGUGGGACAUAUGAAGACAGAAGAAAGUCUACAGCACAAAUCUACAUCGGUCAGUAAGCAAGGAACGAUAAAUCUGUGUUAUUUUUAUCAUUUUUUCUUCUUUUUUUUUAAUGGAGUUUGGUGUCGUUGCCUUCUUUGUGAAGCAUACUGGGCUAUCUCCAGACAGGACCUUUUGUAUGUGUGUGUGUGUUUGUGUGGGGCUUUAAUGACUAAACCGACACGGUGAAGGCUUUUUUUUUUUUUUUUUGGACUCAUCCUGUGACAUGAACUCAGCCCACCCUUCUCUCUUACUGCCCCUUCAAGUCUACAUGUAAACAUUUGUGUGGUUGAUGGCGUGAUGCAGUGAGUGAAAGUGCCGUGUCUUCUGGUUUUUCUACAUGUUCUAGUGUUUUGGGAUCGUCGUGACUGAAUGGUUUAACUUUAUGCCAAAUGACUGAACUUUCACUCUUUCACCUCCACUCGGGCUGUGUUUGAAGAAAAAAAAAUGCAACCUUUUCUUUUCCCUCUCCUUACAGAUUUUUCUUAAUUUCAUUUCAAACCUGGCUGUGGCUCGACAUUUCAGCUUUCUUUUUAAUGCUGCAGCCCCCCCAAAGUCUUUAACUUCACCUUUAUGAGUCAACACAGACAUUCAUGUGAAGGGUUUGAAGAUUUUUCAGCUGCUUGACUGCAGGAGGCGGCAUUUAUGAAGAAUACAUUUGUUGCUGAUCGGGGAGAAGUUUGCCUGCGAUUUCUCUUCAGCAAACACACGUGCACAGAUCCAAACUGAUGCAGCAGGUAGAGCUGAAUUUUGACAAUAGGUAAAUUUGCAGUUUUCUAAUCUGGCAGUCAGCACUAUGCAAGAAUGGGCGAUACAUCUUCACAGACCAACUGUACUGAAGUGUUUGUGCGAUGAUGGUAGCAACCGCGUGAACAGUAUACUCUGGUUUUUGUAUCGUAGAUCUUCCAGAACAUCAUCUACUGUAUGUUUGUAAUUCAUUUUGCCUUUUGUUUUGGGUUUUUUUGGUACUGACAUGCAGUCCACUUCCCCCUGCUCCCAGCUCCAGAGGGAAAUAAACUCCAGAUCAGUGUUUCAUCAGGGCAGUUUCAUCUGAAAUCUGCAAGAUGUGGGUGUAGAUGAAGCUUAAUAGGAGACCAGUCAACAGAAUGGGAGACCUGAAUGACCCAACUGCACUUUGAACUGACCCCCCCCCCCCCCC